GGGAGAGGGGUGGGCAUGGGGGCUCUGGACACUGAAUGUGGGGGUCACUGAGUUGGGGGGCUCUGAGUGUGGGACACACGGGAUGGGGGUGACAAGGGACAUUGGGUUUGGGGCACACUGAGCAUGGGGAUAAGAGCGCCAAGGGCUGUGGUGACACUGGGGACAGGGUCACAGCUGUGGGGACACCAGGACUGCUCCAUGGAGCUCCUGGGGACACCCUGGCUGUUGUUGGGGACAGGGGACCAGCAUGUCCCCCUGCCAGGCUGUCCCCAGCCCUGUUCUCUGCAGGUCCUUCCCCGUGCCCUGCCUGUCCCCAGCGCCACCCGGCAGCUGCACACCACCCCCGCCUGCCUCAAGACGCGGGCGGCGCGGGUGCGCUCGGGCAAGGGGGACAAGACGGUGACGUACGAGCAGGCACACGCCCCGCACUACAUCGGCCACCGCAAGGGGUGGCUGUCCCUGCACACCGGGAACCUAUGCGGCGAGGCGGGCGCGGCGCAGCGCUCGGUGGAGGACGCGUUCCUGCGGCAGUUCCUGUACGGGACCUUCCCGGGGCUGCUGGCUGACGAGGUGGUGCUGAAGCGCCGCGGGAACCUGCUGGUGAUCUGUGCCCUGCUGGGCCGGGCCCUGCCGCCCUACAAGCUCUACUUCCUGCAGGGCUACGCUGAGACCCUGCUGGGCCACUUCUACAAGUGCCCUGUGCGCCUGGAGCUGCAGACCGUGCCUGCACGCGUGGCCUACAAGUACCUGUAGGGCUGGGAGUAAACCUGUAAACAUCCCACAGGGAAUGUCCUAGAAACAUGGAAUGCUCUGGGAUGUCCCCACUGUGCCCUACAGGUACCUGUAGGACUGGGAAUAAACCUAUAAGCCUCUCACAGGAAAUGUCCUAUAAACAUGCUCAUGGAAUGCUCUGGGAUGUCCCCACUGUGCCCUACAAGUCCUGUAGGGCUGGGAAUAAACCUAUAAAUGUCCCACAGGAGUGCCCUAUAGAUGACCCUGAAGGAAUGUUGUGGGAUGUCCCCACUGUGCCCUACAAGUACCUGUAGGGCUGGCAGUAAAUAUCCCAAAAUCUU